AUGUCAAUCCUAGAUGUCUGUCGUUUGAAUAAAGUUGGAAUUGGGGCUCUCCUUGAAACAAAAAUCAAGGGAGAGAAGCUCAAGGUUCGAAUGUGCAACACUAAUCAAGAUUUUAGUCUUACUGUUGUGUAUGAUUCCAAUCAGUUGGAGGCUAGGAGAAUGGGUGGGAGGCCUAUUUCGGUGAAAGAACUAGAAGAUGCUAGACAGUGGCUUGACCUUGGUUUGGUGGAAGAAUUAAAAAUAAUGGGAUCUUACUAUACAUGGUCUAACAAUCAAGAAGAGGGAAAUCGUAUCUACUCUAAGUUGGAUAGGGUGUUCUCUAAUGAGGACUGGUUGGACUCUUUUCCUAAUGUUACUGUUGUUUCUCACUGGGAGGUGGUUUCAGACCACUGUGCUAUUCUUCUUAAGCAAAUAUCAGUUAAAAAUGAGGGGGUUCAACCUUUUUGUUUCUAUAAUAUGUGGGCUUCUCAUCCUCAGUUCAGGACAACAGUUUUGGCCAACUGGUCCAAAACUUUAAAAGUUGAGGGAUGUGGCUUGGAGCAGGUUGUUUGGAAGCUUAUCCGCCUCAAGCAUGUGUUGAAGAAGUUCAAUUGGAGGGUUAUUGGAGAUGUGGUUAGUAACUAUGAGAAAAGUAAAGUUCGUUUUCAACACGCAAAAACUAACCUCUAUAAUGACCCGAAUAACAGUUGUUUGUGUGCUGAAGAAAGAGAAACUUUUCUAGAGUUUAAGAGACAGGAGAAACUUUAUGCCAGUUUUAUUUCUCAAAAGAGUAAGAUUGAUUGGCUUCAUUUUGGUGAUGAAAAUUCCUCGUUUUUUCAUGCUAGUCUGAAGAAAAAAAAAGUUGCUAACAAGAUUGUGUCUUUUGUUUCUGAUGGAGGUCAAGUUGAAGAUGACUAUCAUAAGCUGGAGUUGAUCAAACCUUUUUCCAUUCAGGAUGUUAAAUCUGCUAUGUUCAGUAUUAAAUCUAUAAAGAGCCCUCGCCCUGAUGGCUUUGGGGCUGGCUUCUUCAAAACAUUAUGGAAAGAUAUAGUCAAGGAGGUGUCCCUGGCAGUGCUUGAUUUUUUUGAAACCGGGUAUAUUCCUAAGUUUCUAAAUAAUACUAUCUUAGCUCUCAUACCUCAGGUCGAUAAUCCGGUUAAUACUGCUGACUAUAGUCCUAUUGCUUGA